CGCGCCCGGAGGAGACGGCGAGCUGCGCUAGAGGGAGCUUCUCCCGCUACCGCCUUCGCCGCGCCCGCCCCCCGCGCUCGCGCCCUCCAGCGCCGCCUCCCAGCCCGCGCCGCCGAGAUGGCGGAGGACAGCGAGUCCGCGGCCAGCCAACAGAGCCUGGAGCUGGACGACCAGGACACGUGCGGGAUCGACGGGGACAAUGAGGAAGAGACGGAGCACACCAAAGGAAGUCCUGGAGGGGACUUGGGUGCCAAAAAGAAAAAGAAGAAACAGAAGAGAAAAAAGGAGAAACCAAAUUCUGGAGGCACCAAGUCAGACUCGGCAUCCGAUUCCCAGGAGAUUAAGAUUCAGCCGCCUUCAAAAAAUUCCACCAUCCCAAUGCAGAAGUUGCAGGAUAUCCAGAGGGCAAUGGAGCUGUUAUCUGCAUGCCAGGGCCCUGCCAGAAACAUUGAUGAGGCUGCCAAACACAGAUACCAGUUUUGGGACACACAGCCGGUACCCAAACUAAAUGAAGUAAUAACGUCUCAUGGCGCAAUUGAAGCUGAUAAAGAAAACGUGCGUCAGGAACCGUACUCCCUGCCGCAGGGUUUUAUGUGGGACACUUUAGACUUGGGUAACGCCGAAGUGCUCCGGGAGCUGUACACCUUGCUGAAUGAGAACUACGUCGAGGAUGAUGACAACAUGUUCCGGUUUGACUACUCGCCCGAGUUCCUGCUGUGGGCUCUGCGUCCCCCAGGCUGGCUCCUUCAGUGGCACUGUGGAGUCAGGGUGUCUUCAAACAAAAAACUGGUGGGGUUCAUCAGUGCCAUCCCCGCAAACAUUCGGAUCUAUGACAGUGUGAAGAAGAUGGUCGAAAUCAACUUUCUUUGUGUUCAUAAGAAGUUGAGAUCAAAACGGGUAGCCCCAGUGUUGAUUCGAGAAAUAACCAGAAGAGUGAACCUGGAAGGGAUUUUCCAGGCCGUUUAUACCGCUGGAGUGGUUCUUCCAAAGCCAGUGGCCACGUGCAGAUACUGGCAUCGAUCACUAAACCCCAGGAAAUUGGUAGAAGUGAAAUUUUCUCACUUGAGUAGAAAUAUGACUUUGCAGAGAACGAUGAAGCUGUACAGACUUCCAGAUGUUACAAAAACUUCAGGCUUGAGGCCAAUGGAACCAAGAGAUAUCAAAGCUGUUCAAGAACUCACCAACACAUACCUGAAGCAGUUUCAUCUAGCCCCAGUGAUGGAUGAAGAGGAAGUAGCCCACUGGUUCCUCCCUCAGGAGCACAUCAUUGACACUUUUGUAGUGGAGAACUCCAGUGGUAAACUAACUGACUUCCUGAGCUUCUACACACUCCCCUCCACAGUCAUGCACCACCCGGCUCACAAGAGCCUCAAAGCCGCCUACUCCUUCUACAACAUCCACACAGAGACACCCCUGCUGGAUCUCAUGAGCGACGCCCUCAUCAUCGCCAAGCUGAAAGGAUUUGAUGUAUUCAAUGCACUAGAUUUGAUGGAAAAUAAGACAUUCUUGGAAAAACUCAAGUUUGGCAUAGGCGAUGGCAAUUUACAGUAUUACCUGUAUAACUGGAGGUGUCCAGGGACAGAGUCUGAAAAGGUUGGACUUGUAUUACAGUAGAUGGAUAUUUCUAUUGAUAUUUCUAGAACUCUGACAUCAUCAUUCGUUAAUACCCUAAAGAUUCCUGGAACUGCCAUUCCAAAGAAGAAUAAAAGCACAACUUAAGUGACAUCGAAGUGUCAGUAACAGAAGAGAUGGAAAAGCAUCCAUUUGUGACCAUACAUGUAGAACACCUUUCUAGCUGACAUUAACAUCCAUCCUUUUUUUCCACUGUUGACCCGUUUGUAGGAGGGAUGCAAAGAGGGUGCAGAGCACAUUCCUCUGGUUCUCAACCUUCUGGCUGUCUCCUGAUGAGAGAGCCAGAGGUCUCUUCCUCUCUCUAGAAAAGGGACUGCUUUUCUAUGAACUGAACAGAAGUCACAGAAUUGUGUAAGAAAAUCUUUGCCACUGUGUGGAGAUAAACUGCGGCAUUUCUAUCUAUGAAGUGAUGGUCUGCGGAUCCACAUAGCAGAAUGAGGGAGCCACUCGGAAAGUGUUUACUUACAUCACCAUACACGAUCUCAUCGGAACCAGCACUUUUUUAACUCAGUGACACGCAGUGGGUGUUAAAGAGCAAGAUAAAAAUGUCCUGGGACUAUUAUUUCUCAAGAAGUGAAGUUGCCAAAUCAGUAAACACACAAAUUGUACUUUGAUCUCUAGCAGGACAAUGGAUUGGUUCCAAAGCAAGGUUUGGGGCAGACAUGAAGUGUGCUCUCUGAAGAGUGUCCUCCCCCUGCCAAACUAGACUUCUGCUCCUGCACAGAUUCUAGUUUCUUCUCAGCAACAGCCAGGAUAUGUGAGGAAAAGGAAAUCAAAGCCCGCAAGUCAGAAGACAUGCCCAGAGGAGUUCAUUAGUGCCAUCAGGACACUGAGAGUUUGAAUGUUUUUUAUUACUUAUGCAGAAUUGCACAUAUUCCUCUACGCUGACUCUAACUUACCAUGAAAGCUGUCCUGCCCUAGGAAGAUGUCUUAUUUGUAAAUAAGUCUCAUAGUUUUGUUACUGAUGGUGUUUUUAUCUAGGAUUUGAAAAACUCAGUGUGCACAAAUACGUAUGUAUAUUGCCGACAGUCCAAGGGGAAAAGAUGGUGGAUGAGGCCACCUCAACUGGCCUUGACUCAAAUACCACAAAGUAGAUAUUUCCUGCCUUCACGUACCGGUGCCCGACAGUCCAAGGGGAAAGAUGGUGGAUGAGGCCACCUCAACUGGCCUUGACUCAAAUACCACAAAGUAGAUACUUCCUGCCUUUACGUACCAGUGCCUCGGCCGUUCGGUCCAUAAACAUCCAGUUCCCUUAGACAACAGGAUGGCCUUCCUUCAUGUUACACGUGGUCAAAGGAAACAAUCAUACCUUAUACCAGGCAGGAGCUGGCAACCUGUGGCCUGUGAACUAAACUCAGCCCAUAGCCUUCUGUACAGCCCAGGAGCUAAGAGUGAUGUUUAUAUUUUUUUGAAUGGUUGAGGAGAAAAAAAAAGACAAAAGAAUACCAUUUUGUGACACAAAAAUUAUAGGAAAUUGAGAUGUCAGCAUCCAUAAAUAAAGUGUUGUGGGAACAUGGCCCUGGUCAUUCAUUCGUUGCCUGUGUGUGGCUGCCUUACUCUACAAAAUAGUUAAGAACUGUUCUGACAGAGACCAUGAACCCAAGGCCUAACACAUUUACAGCCUGGCCCUUUUCAGAAACAAAUUCUGUCGCCCCUGAUUUCCCCUAAGAAGCUGAGAGCAAAUUUCUGAAGCUUCUGGUCAUCCGGAAGGCCAGCUCACAGCUGUGAUGCUCUGGGACCUCCACUAGGGGGUGCGCGUGGGCCCCUUAAGUCCUCCCUAAUUGAGGACAAGUGCUGUUUUCCUUCUUGAAGGCACAAGGUUAGAUUUCUCAUACACGUAGACUCAAAGCCAACUGCACUACCAUUUUUUUCCAAACAGGAGCAGGAUGGCUUCAGAAGCCAAAGUGAACCAAUUCACUGAAACACCAGAAUUAAGUAAAUGAGAUUUUUAACUUAAUCUGCAAAAGAGGUUCCAGUUGAGAAUCAUGCCCCACUUGUUUUUAUGGCAGUCUUAUACAAAGUAGGUUUUCAAAAAAUCGCUUGAUUGCCACUCAGAAAUUUUGUACAGGCUCACUUCAUCAUGGAACUGUGGCAGUUACUCUAUUCACUUACAUAGUUGCUGUUGUUAUAGGCUUCAUAUUCUUUUACUCGUUUUAAAUUCAGUAGUUAAUAAAUGAUUAGCACAUCCAUCUCUUUAUAAUGUAAACAUGCUACCAAUGAGCAUUUUAAAAUAGAAAAUCAGUAAAACAGCUCAUGUUUAUAAAAUAGCUGUUAUUAUAGAACCAAAUUUCAGUGUAAUAUAUAGUCAUAGAUUAAAAAAACCACACUAUCCCAUGUCCUUUGUCAGCAACGGAAGUGCGCUAGUCCAUGACAUAUCCUUGCCCCCCGCCUUUUUGGUCAAGAUGACAUUCAGUCGAUUUAAGAAAUAGGUGGCAUAAUCCACAAAUCAACCAGAAUUUAGGCUAAAA